CGAUAUCCGGAUGGUGGACAAAUUUUGAAGGUCCUGCUCUCUAUGCCUACAACAAUGCAGCAUUCACUGAUGAUGACUGGAAGGGAAUUCAGAGGGCAGGACGGAGCAUCAAGCGCGAUGACCCAAACAAAGUCGGGAGGUUUGGAAUCGGCUUCAACUCUAUUUACCACACAACAGAUGUGCCAAGUAUAUUCAGUUCAGGACACCUUGGCUCGAUGGACCCUCAAGAAAACAUAUUUGGAGAAGGAAGGAAAGGGUUUCUGUGGUCUCUGGAUGAUGCCGAACACCAAGAAGCUCUGAUGAAUAUGCGUGAUCAGUUCCAGCCCUUUCGAGAUAUAGUGUCACUUGUAAGCGAGCAAGAGUGGUCCAAAGUGGUUCUGGAGGAUCAGCACUUUGAAGGGACGAUUUUCAGAUUCCCUUUACGCAAUGAGACAUCAGAAAUUUCAGAUAACCUGUAUGACUCCAACAAGGUGGUUGAGCUUUUUGAUAGCUUUAUUGCAGAUGCACACUUGAGUCUCCUGUUCUUGAGAAAUGUGACCUCUGUGUCCUUGAUACACAUAAAUGCAGAUGGCGCUGUUAACACCAGACUUCAAGUGAAAUCCUCAGUCCCCACAGAAGUCGUUUUGGAGACGGAAGAUGAGUCAAUCGUUGAGGGUUCAACUAGGUUCAAACAGAUAAGUCUCAGUUCAGAAAACCACAAAGCAACCAAGUGGCUUGUGACAACAUGUACCAUGAGAGAGGGCAAUGUAGAUGAGCUUGAUGUCCUCGCAAAAAAGUUGAGCUUUUUCCCUCAGGUUGACUUGGCAUUCCCUUGUGGAGAGAAGAGAGACAGUAGUGACAGUAGACUGAGCUGCUUUCUCCCCCUCCCGAACAAUGAAUCCAACAAGACAGGACUCCCAGUGUAUGUCAACGCCUGCUUUGGCCUCACAGACAACAGAAGACACAUCAAGUGGCAAGAGGAGGACCAGAAGCAUGACGAGCAUGCUUUGUGGAAUGAACUGCUGAUGAGGGAGGUGCUGCCACAAGCAUAUGUCAUGAUCAUUCAAGACGCCAUCAAACUUGCCCAAGAAUCUCUUCUCCCCGUCUCUUCCGUGUAUGAUCUGUGGCCAGACAUCGCCCGUGUACAACACAAAGACAAAUGGUACGCUGUGGCUCUGGAUGUUUUUCAGCACUUAUUCAGACAGAAUGUGGCACUUCUCUCUCUCGCCAAAGACGAAACAAAGUUUGUCCCUCCAUCAGAAGCUGUGUUCCCCUGCAAUGGCCCAACAAGCACUGAUAUAUUGUCUGCCAUCAAAAGGACUCUGGUUUCCUGUGGAGAAAAUCUUGUCACUUUACCAGCCAGCGUCGCAAGAGCCAUAAAGGAGGCUUAUCCAUACCACGCCACCCUAAAACAUGUGACUCCAACUCUGCUCAGGCACAUUCUCAGCGAGAACGGCGUGCAUAGCAUCACUAGAGACGACAAACUUUGUCUUUUGGAGUACGUUUUGGGCGAUGAGAAUUACGAGGAGCUUGAGGAUCUUCAGCUGCUUCCACUCAGCGACGGCUCCUUCAGAUGCUUCACGGACAGAGAGGAGGACACCGCUUUGAUUGACAGCGACAAAUUUCCAAGAGUCUUGCUGCCGUUCUGUGAACACCUCUUCAUCCCACAUGAUCUCAGUUCAGCCUGCAGUACCCGUCUGAAAGAACUGGCCAGCAGAAAUUUUUUCAACGUCAUCAACAUUGAUGCAAACCAUGUGGCCGAAUAUACAAGAAGGUAUUUGCCACAGGACUGGAAGCAGACGGGGACACAGCAUGUCAUCUGGGACAACAACAACAGUCAGCAUCCACCGUUAAACUGGUUUCAAGACUUCUGGAAGUUUCUCAAUGCUAACUUCAAUGAGUUAAGUCCCUUCACUGAAAUACCGUUGAUACCAGUCAGUCCUCUGUCUGUCAGUCAGCCUGUGUCAGUAGCCAAACUACAGCAGAACACAACUCUCAUUUUUCAGAGAAGCAAGCAGAUUAGUUUGCCAGACCAGAUAGCUCAGUUGGUGAAUGACGUAGGUGGCACAGUGGUGAGAGGAAAUGAGUGGCUCAGACACGAAGACCUCGACUCUUAUGUGCUCUACCCAUCUCCAAGGAGCGUCCUGAACAUCCUCAUGAACUUAGAUUCUCAGCAUCUCAUCACAGAGCUCAAGAGCACAUCUCACAGAGCACGAGAAGAACUGAAAGAUUAUCUUUCUCAUCUGGAUUCUAUCUCAGACAGAGAAAAAGUCUUUCUCUCAAAGUUGCCCCUGUUUCAAACCAUGAAAGGAUUCUGCGUCGCAGCUCAGUCAAAACAAGCUGUGCUACUGAUUUCUGGCCUAACAGUACCGACAGAGCUCCCCAUGCCUGACUCAGUUAUCCAGUGUGCUACUGAGGCUGAUCACAGGCUGUUAAAGCUGCUGAAUGUUAAUCUCUUGGACACAGCUGAAGCAGCCAAUGUCCUCAUCGACUGUAUUGAGAAAGGGGUUUGCAGCAGUGAAGACACUGAGAAUAUAAUGACUUGGAUUUUGCAGCAUGGUAACAUCCUUUUCUCUCAAAAUCAGUCCUUGAAAAGCAAAUGCAAGAACUUGAAGUUCAUUGAAGUGAAUGGAGAGCUCAGAAAGACCUCCAGCUUUUUGGAUCCAAGAAUUCAAACUUUUGAAGUCCUCUUUGAGUCAGACUUCUUCCCCCCAUCUUCGUAUACUCAUAUACCGCAGAUGCUGGAAAGCCUAACAGAUCUUGGUUUGCUAAGUAAAGAAACAGAUUUAUCCCCUGAGCAUUUGCUGCAUGCUGCCACACAGAUUGAUAAACUGCGUGUGGACUCUCAAACUGAGGCUCUCAAAAGAGCUCAGGUUCUCUUGGAAAUGUUGGAUGCAAAUGAUCUACUGUCAAAGUUUUCUCAUGAACAGCUUCAUCAGCUCAAAAUGCUAAAAUGGGUCCCAUGUAAUCAACCUGGAGCUGACAAAUUAAGUGAUGGCCAUCAGAGAUCUUGUUUCUUUUGCCCAGAUGAAAUACGAGAUUCUGCAUACGAGGACAUUGUUGGACAUGUAAUGCCGCUGGUGAGAAAGCUCAGUGACAGAGUUUGCAACAAACUUGGUCUAAAACGUCCACCCCCUCCUGAAAAAGUGAUUCAGAAUUUGUCAGUCUUGGCAUCAGAAGCACAGAAAAUGGGUGAUCCUGACACAAAUUUGGAUUUCAAAAGAAAGUUGCACAGCAUUUACAAACACAUGCAAGAAAACAUCUCUGUAUUCACAGCAGCAAUGAACAAGGAGACACCCUGGCUGUGGACUCACAACCAGUUUGUUUCACCACAAGACCUGGUUCUCGACUACCCAUGUAAUCUAGAUCUGAGCGCUUACAUUGGGAAAGUGCCAAAAGAAUUUUUGCCAUACAAAAAGUUGCUCCAGAAGUUUGGCCUGAGAGAAUUCCUUUCAGAUAAGGAAAUUUAUGGCAUUCUUCACUUGAUCCAGCAAACCAUUGAAGCAAGGCAACAGCCACUUGCAACUUCCUCUGAGAUAAAGGUGUCAAUCGAAAUUCUGAACUGGCUGUGGAGAGAGAGGAAGCCAGUUCUGGAUGACAUCCCAGUGCCAGUGAUUGUAGAGGGGGAACAGUUUACCCUUAAACCACGGUCAGCAGCAGUCUUCUGCGAUGUAAGCAGAAAUGGGCUGAAAGAACUUCAGCACAGUGAAGAGGAAAUGUAUGUCUUACAUGAGGAAAUUCCAAAAGCAACGGCUGAAUGGUUAAAAAUUGAGUUUCUCAGUACCUACAUUCUCAGUCCAGAGGAUGUAGGUGCUGGAGACGAAAUGGGAAUAGAGCAAUGUGGACAGUCUGAAUCAAUAACAAUGAGGAUCAAGAACAUUCUUAAAGAGUAUGAUGAAGACAGUGACAUCUUCAAAGAGCUUAUUCAAAAUGCAGAGGAUGCUGGAGCACAGGCCUGUAAAUUCUUGGUGGAUUUCAGAGUCCACAAAGAUGCCCCUGAAAGUCUCAUUGACCCUGAUAUGGCUCUUUGUCAGGGACCUUGUCUUUGGGCUUUUAAUAAUCAGCAGUUCACAGCUGAAGACUGGAAAAACAUUGUCAGAGUUGGCUCUGCCUCAAAGGAAAACCAAGUGGAGAAAAUUGGAAAGUUUGGACUUGGAUUCAAUACUGUCUAUCAUGUGACAGAUAUCCCCUCCAUCCUCAGUGGCAACCAUCUUCUCAUUCUUGAUCCGAAUGUAACUCACCUUACAAAGCAUAUCAAACACAAAACAAAUCCUGGAAUCAAGCUGGAUCUCUCUCUCAAAAGACUUUUUCAUUGGUUUCCUGGUCAGUUUGGACCAUAUGAACGCAUUUUUGACUGCGCUUUCACAAAACAAAGUCCUCCUAAACCCUAUCCUGGCACUCUGAUCAAACUACCUUUCCGAAGUGAAGAAGAGGCUCUCAGGUCAGAAAUCAGCACAAACGUGUAUCAAAAACACGACAUCAUUGCUUUCCAACAGCACCUAACAAAGAAUUCACAAACUCACCUGCUUUUUCUGAAGAACAUCAAUACAUUGUCUCUGCAAAACAUGUCAAACAAUGCAUCAACACCACCAAGAGAUGACGAAAUAAAAACCGUCCUCACUGUCUCCAAAACCACUGUGAGGACAAUGACGAUUCCUGAUGAAAGCAGUGUGUCAAAGCAGUGUCAAGCAGAGAAGUCACUGAUGGAACUUGAUGGUAAAUGCAAAGAGGUAAUUGACUGCUGCACAAUCAGCUUCAUCCAGAUAACCAGCAAGCAGUCUGAUGUGAAUGAAGUCCAAUGCUGGCUCCUGUACAACUGCUUUGGAACACACCAGUCCUUGAAAAUGGCCUUUCAAGAAAACAAGCACGCUAAGUUCUCUUUGCCCAUUGGUGGGGUUGCCGUGCCUUUGCAAAACGACCCAGAAACUGGGAAAUUGUCAGCAAUGCAAACAAAUCUUGUUGGACAGGCAUUUUGCUUCCUCCCUCUUCCAAUUCAAACAGGUCUUCCAGUCAAUGUAAAUGGAACAUUUGCUGUGACAAGCAACCGCAAAGGUCUGUGGGAAAGUGGAGUGAAAAAUGAGUGGAACAAGGCUCUUCUUCAGGAUCCGGUGGUGAACGCCUACGUUACUGCCCUCUUGGCAUUAAAGAAAAUGUCUGAAAACAAUCAACUGGAGGCUUACUCUUACCACACCUAUUGGCCUGACAGGGAGAAAGUGAGUGCAACUUUCAAGCCUUUGGUGGAUGCGUUUUACUCAGCCAUUGCUCAGGCCUCCACUGGCCUAGAGCUCUUUAGUGAUGGAGAACAUUGGUGCUCAAUGAACAAUGCCAUAUUUCUACAUGAAAGCAUUGAAGAGAAGAAAGACAUCAGCGCACUUGCAGCGCAGGUGUGCAAGAAAUAUGCAAAAACACCCAACCAUGUUGUUCCUCUUCCACAGUGGUUGAGAAAUAGCUUCCAACAGGCUGGCCUUGAAAAGGUUUUGCAAAACAGGACAUGGAACUGGGAGAAGUUUUACCAAGAAGCAGUGUUCAAAAACCUCAGUACCUUGGACCCUAAGACUAGAGAUACUCUUGUGCUGCAUGCCAUUGACCUUCAUAUCGAAGAACUUGACAGUCUGCUGGUCAGCUAUCCAUGCAUACCCACAACGGAUGGACAGCUCCAGUAUAUCAAGAAACUUGUGAAUCCAUCAGGGAGGGCGGCCUGUCUUUUUGAACCAGAAGAGGGACGCUUGCUUGGUGGUACCAAAAAGGACUUUUGUUCCCCAGAAAGGAUCAAACGCUUGUCUGAGCUUGGAAUGGCCAGUGAUUAUCUUCCAUUGGAGGACAUCACAGAGAAAGCAGCCACAGUGACUCAGACCUGGAGUGUUGACAAAAAGAAAGCAUAUGUGCGUUUAAAGUGCCUUCUUGAACUUAUGAAGGAUCACCUGUACGAUGAAGACUCAGUUCACUGGGACACACUGAGGAUGACUGCAUUUCUCCCAGCAUAUUACCCCGGUGACACAAAAAUGGAAGGAAUUUUAGCACUUCAAAGGCCCAUCGAUGUUUUCAGUGACAGUUGCUCCCUACUCGUCAACAUGACACAACACGUGCUGGAUCAUACCAACCUGAAAAUUCACAACACUGAUCCAGUCCUACAAGCUUUGGGAGUUCACAGCAGUCCAGAGCCAGUGACAGUGCUUCAGCAGCUCCAAGAAGCUUCCAAGAAAUCUGAAUCAAUGGACACAUCUGUGCUUCACAAAAUAGCCUUUGACUGCUACAGGUUUCUAAAUCAGUGGAUCGGGGACUUUGGGAAUACCCCUAUCAUUUCGCAGUCAGCAAAUUCAUUCCCAUUCAUUCUUGUUGGCAGUACAUUUGUAAAUGUCAGCUGUGUCGCUGAAAACGAACAGUUUGAAGCAAAGCCCUAUCUCCAUGUACUUCCACCUGCCUUCUCUAAUUUCAGGGAUCUCUGGGAAAGUGUAGGUGUUCAAAAGAAGUUUACAGUUGAUCAGUUUCUAACUGUGCUCCAGGAGCUGCGCUCUCGACAUGGAAACAAGACCCUGCCAAAGAAGGAUCUAUCAAUUUGCCACACAAUACUAACCAAAGGGAUAUACGAGGCCAAAGUAAAAACAUCAGGAGAUUGUCUGAUACCCAAUCAGCAUGGAGUUUUACAGCCUGCAAAUGAGCUGAUUUACAAUGACAGCCCAUGGAUGCCAGUUGCUUCAGAUGUCACAUUAUGUCACGAGGAUAUCUCACGUGCAAUGGCUCGUCACUUUGGAAUCAAAACAACCAGGCAUCACACUCUGCAAAACCACGUCAAUGACAGCCUUUCCCAAUUUGCUUUCUCUUUUGAACAGCAGGAAGAACUAACUGUUCGAAUAAAGAACAUAAUUUCAUCUUAUCCAUCGAAGAAGGACAUCCUUAAAGAGCUAAUUCAAAAUGCUGAUGACGCAGAGGCAACAGAGAUUCACUUCAUUUGGGACAAACGACAGCAUGGCAAAGAAAAAACAUUUGGAAAGAAAUGGAACCAUCUACAGGGUCCAGCACUUUGCGUGUUCAACAACAAAGUGUUUUCUGAUGCUGACCUGCGUGGCAUUCAACAGCUGGGUGAAGGAGGAAAGCACAAUUCCCCAGGGAAGAUAGGAAAAUAUGGAGUUGGUUUCAACUCUGUUUACCAUCUGACGGACUGCCCUUCCAUCCUAACUGGAGAUGAAAGACUUUGCAUUUUUGAUCCCAAUCAGAAAUACAUUGAGAAACAUUCAGACAAACCACAGUACGGCAUUGGCUAUAACCUAGCUGACGAAGUAAAGAAGAUGUAUGUAGAUGUCUACAAGUCUUAUCUCCCAGACACUUUUUGUCUUGAAAAGGGCACCAUGUUCCGAUUACCUCUGAGGAUGGGUAUCAAUGCAAACAGCUCCAAAAUAUCACAGCAAGGAAUCACUGACCAUGACAUGAAGGAGCUGUGCUCUGCUCUGGCUGAAGACCCCGAAGGACUCAUUCUGUUUCUGAGAAACAUCUGCAAAAUAAAAGUCCAUGAAAUCAAUGAACACUCAGGAAAACUUAAAACCAUCUUUGUGGUUGAAAAGAGUCUGCCAGAGACAAGCAGAAAAGAAAAAGAGACUUUUGUAAAACAACUACAAACUGCUCUACAAUCUGACACACCAGCAACCCCACACAAGACUUUUUAUGAAACCUUGAUUUCCACCUCAGACAAGAGACAAAGUAAAUGGAUCAUUGCAGAGCAGUUUGGCUCAUUCAAAGACAGUGUUGAAAUGACAGACAAACUUCCCCAAGCAGCAUUAGCUGCACGAGUAAGCACAAAGACUUCACACCCACUACCAUCUGGGUACAUAGAUUUUAAUGGAGCAGCCUUUUGUUCACUUCCUUUGCCAGGGAAAACGGGACUGCCAGUGCAUGUCAAUGGAAACUUUGAGGUAGAUUCUGCCAGGAGGGGUCUUUGGAGGGAAGAUGGCCAAAGUGUGAAAGCAAACUGGAAUGAGUCUUUGAAACAGAACAUCAUUGCUCCACUAUAUGCAGAUCUCCUGUAUUGCAUCAGCCGUCGCAUUGCAGACAAGAAGGUGUCUCUUGCACAACUUGAAUCUCGUUUCAGGGACUCAUACUUGUGUUUUUGGCCAACUUCAUCGAAAGGUGUUGGUCCGGAGUGGCACGAAAUGAUACACGAGGUAUACAGAUCAAUUAAAGAAAAAUGCCUCGAUGUGAUCCCAGUGUUGAGGAGCUCAACACGUGAAAUUGCAGGACGAGAAAUUAAAGAGUACUCUUUUGACUGGUGUGACGUCAGCAAAACAGAAUCUGUUGAGGCACCUUACCUGACACACUUAGAACGUGACCAAAUUAAUACCAUUCUGGAGGAUCUUGGAAUGAAACUGGUUCCUUUUUCCACAAAGAUGCUCAAGAUUUGGAACAGUUUUAAAUCUGCUAACAUUCAGGUGAAAGAUGUCAGUCCCAGCAGUGUGCGGACUUUCCUAAGAGACAAACCACUGAAUGAUCCAACCCAAACAGAUGAGGAUUUACCGUUGCACAUAACUGCCACUCUGAUCAAAGAUGAAACAAGAUGUUCUGAGCUCUUGAGAUUUUGCUUAAAAGAUUCCAGCUCGCAAAAGGUCACUGAGGACAAUUCCAGUUCAUUCAAUGGGCUUCCACUUCUUCUCACAAGAGAUAAAGUUUUGAGAGUGUUUAACUCUCAAUCUCCCAAGUGGAUCUCAAGAUAUGAUGAUCUUUUCAUUGGCUAUGGGGACCAGUUUGCAAAUGGUAAGACAAACUGGGAACACAUUGAACUUCUACAAACUUUAAACCUUGUCAAAGAAUUGACAGUUCCCUGCUCAGCUGAAUAUUUGAAGCCGCUGAUUCAGCAACAUCUUCAGCCCUGUGAUGUUGACCCAAGCAGUGGUCUUCAUAUCCCAAAUGAGAACAUGUUGAAGUGGCUGAAAUUACUUUGGAAGUUCUUAACAAGUCAAAUCCAUCCUGCACCAUUUCGUGAUGGUCUGACAUUAAGCCAUGUGAGGAGCCUGUUCAGUGACUGCUGCAUUUUACCUGUUGUGUGUCCAAGGUUGAACAACAAGCACUUGCUGCAAACAAUGAAGGACAUGUCCAGCGUGAUUCCAACUACCUUAGAAAAAGAGAUACCAAACAUCCUCCUAAAACUUGGUUUUAUGAGGCUUGAUAUUGUCUUCUUCUUUGAUGUAGACCGAGAGGCAACUUCCCUGCUCAACCCAGAACUCCUGAAUGUGACAGACAAAAGCUCAGUGUUGGACCAGGUCUGCAAUCUGAACCACUCAGAAUUUUCCAAGCUUUCAAAUGAAGAGAUGAAUAAGUUUCAGAACUUCCUGCAGUCUGGAGUAUCCGACUCCAAAAACAGUCAAGAAUACAAGAGGAAGCUGAAAUCCUUACCGAUAUUUGAAACAACCCACGGUUGCCGAGUAAGGAUUGAUGGACCGAAACAAGUAUUUGUCCUCCACUGCACGUAUUCAGAGAUAUUUCCAGAUCUGUUUAGCUUGCCUGACAUCAACAGCAUUUUUCUCAAGAACAACCCAGAGAACUGCAAUCUGUCACAAAUGCUGAAAAUUCCAGUUCUGAAGGAUUCGGAGUAUUUCAUGAAGUUCAUUCUGCCUGCUGUACACAAACUCGAAGAGAGACAGAUUCUUCACUGCCUCAAGCUGGUGUUGUCACUGCAGUACAGUCUGGAUUUCUCUCAGUACAGGGACAAAAUCCUCUCUGAAAUGAAGACAGUGAAACUGAUUCGCAGUUCUCAAGGUAGAUUGGAGACCGCAUCAUACUACUUUGAUGACGAUGUUGAGCUUUACAAGAGAAUGCUGCCCCAAGAGAAGUUUGUGCCAGAGAGAUUUUGGACUGAGUUGUGUGGAGAAGAGCGCUCUGAACGAAGACAAGCAAAAAAUCUGGUCAAAGAACUUGGAAUGAGGCAUGUUGUGUCAGAAGAUGACAUAAUAAAUUUUGCACAACAGUUGGAGUCGGAAGCAAAAGGAAACAGCAAACUUGACGAUUUGAAGCGGAAAUCAUCAUUAAUUUUCCGCGAAGCUUUGACUAAAGCGAGCAAAAAUGAAGACAAAAACAAAGGGGAAAAGUUGCUAGAGAGAAUAGCCGACAUCAAGUUCAUUUUUCCAGUGGGGAUUCAAAAGGAACUGUGCAACUAUCACCAACCAUUUGCUGCAGAGGGAACUACUGUUAAGAUCAGAGGAUCUUUGAUUGAAAGUGAUUCUAAGCAUCGCGAACUGAUUUGGUCCUCAAUGCCAAUUAUUCAUUUUCCAGUUUACAAGUCAGAGAAGCUGCUAAAAAUGAUGAAAAAUGUAGGAGCCCAUGAAACACCACCUUCAAACUGUGUAACCAGCAACAUGAGGAACAUUUGUCAGUCACCGUGUGAAACUGAUCCGUUGAUCAAAACCCGCGCAAAUGUGUUUCGAGUUGCAUAUGCCUACUUGCAAGCAAAUGGGUUUGAUGGAGCGCAGUUGGCUGGACUUCCUGUUGUACUGGUGGAGAAAGACAAAGAACUUUUGAAAGCUGAUGUUGUGUGUCUUUCACUUCCCGAGGAUCUUGAGUUCAGACCAUAUUUGUACAAAAUUCCUUCACAAGAUGCCCUGUAUAAAGAGUUCUUCAGAAAAAUUGGUGUGCAGAAUGAACCUACUGUAGCACACUACUGUAACGUUCUUGCAGCAGUUUAUGCUGAUUCCUGCGAGAAACCACAGCUCCAAGGAAACCAAAAGAAAACUGUACAGCGAGCUGUUGAGCAGUUGUUUCAGUGUAUCAGUACUCAAAAAGUCCAGAAUCUUAUGGACAGUGUUAAAACUCUGUACCUUCCUGCAGUAGAUGGUAAAUUACACCCAUCACACACACUCUACUACAACGACACUGUGUUUGAGAUCAAAAGAUUGGAAGAAGCGCUGGGGAAUAAGUUCCUGUUGCUUGAGAAACUCAGUCAGUGUCAUUUGGGCAGGGACGUCUAUAAACAUCAUCGGCUGCUGAAACUGCUGCCUCAGAGAUUUCAGCCUAAAAUGCUGUCUCAGGUCACUGAGGAAAGAGUAGUGGAACUACACAUGCAGCUUUGUGAACUUGAGACUGGUUGUGAAUUUAGGGGAUGGUUUGAUAGACAUCUCUCCUCAGGAGCAUUUAGACAUGGACUGAUUUGUCUUAUCAGAGAGCCGUCUCAGGGCAAAGUAACACAACAAGAUGCUACUGCCAUGUGUGAGAAGAUUUUCGGCGGAAUUCAGAUUGUCUGCUGCAAAACCCUUGAAACGAAGCUAUGGUUGGAUAAUCAGCCACUGGACAAAACUGCCAGCGAAACUGAUGUCUUUGUCCACCGAGAGCAACAAGGGUGCAUCUUUUACCUAAAACACAAUGAUGACAUGGCCCCUAAAGUGUUAAAUGAAGUAAACAUGACAUUGACAAAGGAGAUUAAUGCUCUCUUAGGCAACAGAAUUGCAUCAGAUCACCUCUCAGUGCUCGGACAGCUUCUUAUGUGUGACAAUAUCGAAGACGUUCAGAAAGCUCUGGCUAAGAACGGGAUCCGUGACAGUGCUGAAAGUGAGAGCUUCCCCCAUGGUCCACCGCCCCCUGGGACAGAGAUUCCACAGGAAUGGCACGAUUCAUUGGACAUGAACAUCCUCAACAACUUUGAAGAGGGGGAAUAUGUUGGCUACAGCGCUGACAACAAGUACAUUUAUGCAGUAAUUGUUGAAGAACUUUCUGGGCAAUCUGGACAUUUGUCACAGAGAUACAAAAUAGAAAUCGGAGAGGAUGAGCCAGUUGAGGUCAGUUAUCUUGACAUUUACCAGUUUAAACGAGAAAAGAAGGUAAAACCAGCCUGCAUGGAGGUGGAGCUCCUAGUGGGAGCCGUGCCACGUUCUUCCCAACCAUCAACGAGUUCCUUACCAGCCUCUUUUGAAGAAGCUAAAAAGGAAAUUGACAAAUGUUUGGAAGAGAUGUGGCUUCUUCCUAAAGAGGAGAGGGAGAAAGCCAUCAAACGACUGUACCUGAGAUGGCAUCCUGACAAAAAUCCCGACUGCGAAUCUCUCGCCAAUGAGGCAUUCAAGUAUUUGCUGAAUCGCAUUGAUGAGCUCAGCACUGGCAAAAGCAAAGGCGCAUCUGCAGGUCCGUCCUAUUCGCAUGGAAACUCAAAUUUCAGAAACUUCUACUCACAAUGGAAUCAGGAGGCCAGGCAUCACAGAAAAGGCCGAGAGAGAUUCUAUCGGGGCCAUCAUUCCUACAACUUUUGGACCUACAAUGAAAACAUUCCAAGGCCCAACAGAGAGGAGGCCGAGCGCUGGUGUAGACAGGCUCGCUGUGAUCUCAAUGCAGCUUCCGAAGAGACUGGCAAGGGGAAUACAGAGUGGUGUCUGUUUAAAGUCCAUCAAGCAGUGGAAAAGUCUCUCAUAGCUGCAGCAUACAAACGAAAUGGUCAACAACCCAACAGCGGCUCAAUUUCAGCCUUUGCUGAUCAAGUUUCCUGCUACAGUCCUCUGCUGAGAGACCUGCCUCAGAUUGUGAGAAAACUGAAGACGCUGGGAGUCGACCCCAAGAAGACCCAAUAUCCCAACCACCAUCCAUACCCUCACAUUCCCAACGGACGGUUCAGCUCGGAGAACGAGACGCUGGCGCUGAACGAGGCGUCUGAGCUGCUCGAUAAAGUAGAGGCGUACGUGAAUUAGGGAUUCAAGACAGACAGACAUGUCGUGAGACUUUGCGACACGUUAAAAUGCUGAUUUCCAAAGCAGCUGUAAAGAAAACACCAACUUUAACUGGACGAACAUGAACACAGUAGAAGUUCUAAAAUGAAACUGUAUGACUUUUGUUAUGAAAAUGUGCAUUUUUUUUGUUUUUGUUGCAUACAUUUAUGACUUAUCAUAGUGUCGUAGAGGACCCGUGUUAUCACUGCACGACUUUGUUUUGGUUUGUUUUGAUUUGAAGCUUCUCACUUAUGAUAAUCUGCUAGUUUUAUGUAAUCAAUGUUGAGAUUUGUUAUAAAAAUGCAAAUACCAAAGAAUAUUUUUCUCUCAUGAUGUAAACAUUUAUGACUACUCAGUGAGGACCAGUAUAGUCACUGUUAUGCUUUGUUAGGGUUCAUAAAAACUUGCUAAAGGACCACAUAAUUACUGUAUGACUGCUAUGGGAAUUAAAAUUUUUUUAAAAAUCAAGGAUUCUUUUGAUGUUAUAAACAGGUAUGACUACCACCUGAGGACCAAGAAAAUAUAAUUUUGAGGUUUUUAUAGAUGCGGUUUGUUUCACAAUGUUGUAAGCAUGUAUAACUAUUUACAGAAAGCCAAUGUAGUCUCUGGAUAACUUUGUUAUGAAGGUGCAGUUGUAAAAGGCAUUUUGUCACCAUUAAUCCACUGUUUGUCUCGGUACCUUUUACUUUUGAAAUUUAAAAAAAAAAAGAAAAGAAAAUAAAGGAUGAAACUGCAA